AUGGCACCACUUAAUGGAGAAAACAUGGCGAAGAACGAACAAAAAAGAGAAAUUACGCGCAUGGAUGCACGAAAUUUCUAUUACCCCGAACUUAGGGAAACUUUAAUGACCAAUAACAGCGUAACCGAAUAUGGUUCCACUAAGGUCACUAAAGCGCAAGGCGCUUUCAUCGCAAGAAGAAUCAGCUCAGCAGAUACAGAAGUACCUUCUACUUUGUUUCGACGAAUGUCUAGUACAGGGAAUAAUUAUCCAGUAUACAAUACUGAACAAGCACACUCUCUACCAUCCUUACAUCAGCCACACCAUCCAACAGGACUCAGCGCAUCAGCUAGGGACCCACCACGAGAAAACAUUGAAGAAAGACAAUACAAAUCAAGCUACCCAGUAACUGAUGAAAGACGGAUGCACAACCCGCCAGUUCGCACAAAAGGGGUCCCUGGGAAACACAACCUUGGCACAAACAAUGUCGUAUGGGAAUUACCUGACAAGUACAAGGUAAUCGAUAUUGUUGGAUCCGGUUCAUAUGGACAAGUAUGCCGUGCAUUCGAUAUCGAAAACCAACGUUAUGUUGCAAUCAAACGCAUCCACAAGGUAUUCGAAGAUCUUAUAGAUUGCAAACGCAUACUACGUGAAAUAGCCAUAUUGAACCGCUUGGACCACCCUAACGUCGUGAAGGUUCUGGAUAUAGUUGUACCGACUGACCUUGAUAACUUCAAUGUCCUAUACGUGGUAUUGGAAAUUGCAGCAUCUGACAUCAAACUACUUAUAAGGUCGCCAGCGUUCCUCAACGAUAACCAUAUAAGACUAUUGAUGUACAACCUGCUCUGCGGAGUUAACUACCUACAUGCCCUAGGGAUAUUCCACCGCGACUUGAAACCUGCAAAUUGCCUAGUCAAUCGUGAUUGCAGUGUUAAAAUCUGUGACUUCGGAUUAGCACGCACCGUAGCACUCAACAGAGAAACUUCAACACUGGAGAGCCACUGCUCACUCACAGCACGUGAACUAGAAGACGAAAUGUCCCAAGGCAACCUCUUACGCCUACAGUCUAGCUCUGCAAGACUUGUAGACUACAACGACGAAUUGGCACAUUUCCAACAAAGAAGGAUGAAUGAAACCUAUACUAGGCAAUUGACAGGACAUGUUGUAACAAGGUGGUACCGGGCACCGGAGUUGAUCCUACUUCAAGAAAAUUACACCGCAGCUAUUGAUGUAUGGUCAAUAGGUUGCAUAUUCGCCGAAUUGUUAAACAUGGUCAAAGCAAACAUGCCAGAUAGCUCAGCAAGGUCGCCACUCUUCCCUGGCACCUCAUGCUUCCCACUAUCACCGCAUAACAAGAACUCGGCGGAAAAAGCAAAGGAUCAUGAUCAGUUAAAUGUAAUUUUCAAUGUUAUAGGCACACCAAACGAAGAAGACAUUGCUGCAAUAGCUAAACCCGAAGUAAGACGAUAUGUAAAGAUGUUCCACCCGAGAAAAGGUAUUGACCUUUACAAGCGCUUCAAGGGGACACCACCACCAGCAAUACACCUAUUGCAGCAAAUGCUCACAUUCAACCCAGAAAAACGUAUCACCGCCGCUGACGCUUUGAAACAUGAAUAUUUCCAAAAUUUCUACAAACCACAACAUGUAGAAGCACCAGUUGAAAAGCUUACUGUGCCAUUCAACGAUUGGAUCAACAUGUCAGAAAGCCAGUUAAGGUAUGCAUUUCUUCGAGAAAUUCAAAGGUAUCAUCCAGAAUUCAAGAUACCCCUCAAAAUUAUCUACAAGCCUUAG